AUGUCUGGUUCUGGUUCCCUCGCGCGGUGCGAAGACGGGGUCCCGACCUCCUCGCAUUUGACGGAUAGUGAAUCGUCCAUGGUGCCCGCCUUUUCAGUCGCUGUGGACGCAGUGGAUGGACCGACGUCGCUCGUGGCCGAGGCUGCUGAAUUGCGGGCUAUCAUCCGCCAUUUGAAUGAGGAAUUGGAUAUAGUUGAACAAGAUAGCAAGGUCUUGUACGACUUGUUGGCGAUUGCAGUGCAUUUGUUUCGCCAGGUCGAAGAUGCCGCUUUAGAAGAGCGGGACCCUGACCAGGACGAAGACUUAUCGAAUCAUUGGAUACUCGCGAGCGUUGUAUUCUCGCUUUAUAAGGACAGAUUUCAAUCAGCCUACGGAGGUGCAGGCACCACCUUACAGGCUCUGUACAGCCGGGUUUUGGACGGUAUGAAUGCCGGCGGCGGCGUUGCAAAUUAG